AUGACCGAAGCCAGAUUAACGAGGUCUGGUCAACGUAUUUAUGAGUACCUCAUGCAAGGCAAAAGAACGAGAAAUGAAGAAGGAAAUGUUACCAGCACAGGAAACUUUAAAAGCCAUUACAAAAAACAUCCAGAAAAAUUACUACACUUGGAACAAUAUUUGAAGCAAGAAGACAAUAAUGACAAUGAUAAUAUUGAUGGAAAUAAAUCCAAACAGCCACGAAUAGCAGAUAUGUUAGCACCCGUUAGUGACGAGAAGAUUGCAUCAAAACUCGUCGAUUUCAUUGUCGACGGAAACCUUGCAUUCCACAUAUCACAAUUACCAUCGCUUCGAGCGUUAUUAGAAUCUGCCAGUGGAAGAAAGGUGAUUAUGCCAAGUCGCCGAAAAUUUAUGGCUUCACUCCAGUCAAAAUGUGACGAAUUGAAAUCUACGCUCAAGCACACCUUAAAAGAACAAUCAUUUUUGUGCGUAACUUGUGAUGCAUGGUCGAGCAAAGGACAAAGUUUCCUUGGAGUAACCAUCCAUUUUUUGAAUCAGCAUUACAAACGCGAGUCAUUUCUUCUGGCAUUCAAACGAAUGUACGCCAGACAAACUUAUUUACAUUUGGCGCAAACUUUAGACGAAAUUUUCAAAGAUUUCGAAAUUGAUAUUGAAAAAAUAACUCACAUCGUCACCGAUGGUGGUUCAGCCUUUUGUAAGAUGUUCAAGGAAUUCGGCAACACAACUGACGUCAUUAUGCAAGAUUCACCUGAAGAUGAGUAUGAUGAUGAUACGAAUACAGCCCCUACUGCUAGUAGUGAGCAACAUGAGACAAGAACUACUAGUUCUAGUGGGAACAAUGAGGAGGAAUCGUUAGAUAUGGUGCACGAAUUCAUGCAAACAGAAACGGGAGAAUUAUUCCAAAAUGAAAUUUUGCAGUUUGAUGUCGUACAAAAUGUUGAACCUGACGAUUAUUUUGGAGGACGCCUUUCAAAUGAACAGCCACAAAUUAAACUGCCACCUCAACGACGUUGUUUCUCACAUCUUCUCAACCUCGCAUCACAGGAUUUUGAAAAUAUGCUACCAACAAUGGCCAACAGAGCAUUUAAACAAACUUACAAUAAAUUACAUGCGCUUUGGAAUACCACAAACCGAAGUUGCUAUGCUAAGACGAUUUGUCAAAAUGAGUUGGGGUGUUCACUUAAAGUUCCUUGCGAAACACGAUGGAAUUCAAAGUUCGAUGCGAUUAAUAAAAUUGUUGAUAUUUGCAAGAGCGACACGAUCUAUGAAAGGAAUAAAAUCAACAUUUUGAUUAGACGUUUGAAAACUGAAUUACGUUCAGCGAAUCAUUUGUUGAUAUUGGAACAAAGUGAUAUAUCCGUGAUGGAGAAUUAUGUAAAGGUUAUGCAACCGAUAGCUUCAGCUUUAGAUACGCUCCAAGGAGAAUAUAAUUGCAGCCAAGGAUUAAUCUUGCCUGUGAUAUUUUCCAUGAAGCACAAGAUAUCAUCGUUUGAUGUUGAUUGCAACCUUCUGGGCGAUUUCAAGCAAACAAUGCUGGAGGUACUUGUCGAUUAUUACUAUCAGUAA